AAGACUACAGCAUUGCUUAUGUCUAUCCCUGGUCUGUUCAUAAUUUUGGACAACGUGGUUAUUUCACAACACAAGUUGAAAGCUACAAAUAUCUUCCUUUUAUCACCCUCUCUACUAUAUUAGAUAUUCACUCUCUUAAAUCAGUAACUAUCCCUAAUAUAGUUAAAGAUGAUUAG